GCACAGCCCUCAGUCACAUGGUUUCACUGUUGGUCUUCACCCAGGAAUAGAGGGGGACCAGGACUAACAAAACUGGACGCCGGGGAGAGGAUAACACCGAGCUUCGCCCACGGCAAAAGCCAGAAACGGUGACGGACGGAUCCGUGUCUUUUCCCAGGACAAUGACUUUUGCCAUUUCUCUGUCUUUUGGUUGCACUAUCAUGUAAAACUCCGCCAUAUUCAGCCCACCACGCCCGGAGCUCAGCCACCAGGGGUAAAGACUCGCUACUUCAGUCCUCUUUAAGUUGUUGCACAAAGUUAAUUUCCUCUUCACAAGGGAGGAUUAAGGUGAAGUGUUAUCCAGGAGUAAUGAUUCUGAGCUCCGUGGGAGCUUGCUGCCUCAGCCCGGAGGCCAAAGAGGCUCGCAGGAUCAACGAUGAAAUUGAGAGGCAGCUCCGCCGGGACAAGAAGGACGCCCGACGGGAAUUCAAGCUCCUUUUGCUCGGAACUGGUGAAAGUGGGAAGAGCACUUUCAUCAAGCAGAUGAGGAUCAUCCAUGGCCGUGGAUAUUCUGAGGAGGACAAGAGAAGCUUCACCAGGCUGGUCUACCAGAACAUCUUCACAGCCAUGCAGGCCAUGAUCCAGGCCAUGAACACAUUACAGAUCCCCUACAAGUAUGAACACAACAAGGCGAAUGCCAGUAUUGUCAGUGGGGUUGAUGUGGAGAAAGUGACAACAUUAACAAACCCUUACGCGGAUGCCAUGAAGAGCCUGUGGAGUGACCCAGGGAUUCAGGAAUGUUACAAUCGGAAGAGGGAAUACCAGCUCUCGGACUCAACCAAAUACUAUCUGAAUGACUUGGAGCGAAUUGCUGACCCGGCUUAUCUGCCAACGCAGCAGGAUGUCCUGAGGGUCAGGGUGCCCACAACAGGUAUCAUAGAGUACCCCUUUGACCUGGAGAAUGUGGUGUUCAGGAUGGUGGAUGUGGGUGGCCAGCGUUCGGAGAGGAGGAAGUGGAUUCACUGUUUCGAGAAAGUGACCUCCAUCAUGUUCCUGGUGGCGCUCAGCGAGUACGAUCAGGUCCUCGUUGAGUCUGCCAAUGAGAAUCGAAUGGAGGAAAGCAUGGCCUUGUUCCGGACGAUCAUAACCUACAAGUGGUUCAAAGAGUCCUCAGUCAUCUUGUUCCUCAACAAGAUCGAUCUACUGGAGGAGAAAAUCAUGUAUUCACAUUUGGUCGACUACUUCCCUGAAUACAAUGGUCCCCAGCGGGAUGUCAAAGCAGGAAAAGAAUUCAUCUUAAAAAUGUUUGUCAGUCUCAAUCCAAAUGUGAAAAAAAUAAUUUACUCCCACUUCACGUGCGCCACAGACACAGACAACAUUCGAUUUGUCUUCCGGGCAGUGAAGGACCACAUCUUGCAGGAGAACCUGGAAGUCUACAACUUGGUUUAAAAUGGUAGGGCUGUCAUUGUAAUUCAAUCGGCUUUGUACAGCUGGCAGUUAGGAGAGCUCUGCAGUGAUUCAGUUUGCCUCACACUGCUACUGAACACUAUAAUCCAAAACAGGAAAUUGAGAAUCUAUAGAGCUUGUCGCCAAAUGACUGUACUACUGAUGUAUUUCAAAUUUUCCUGUUAGGCUCUUUGAAAAUGGAUGUCUCCAGCUAUAAUGAAGUGUGUCCUGACAAUUAAAGUGCCUCCUUAGUGAGGAGUCUAUUAUGGUAUGCACUCUGAAAUUCGAGGAGCUCUUUGCGAAAGUUGUUGAGCAGAAACAGUAUAAAUGCACAUUGACGGAUUGAGAGGGAAAAAAGUAUUUCAGUGGCUUCAAAAGCCUCUGAGGACUGGUAAUGUACUAGGUCUCUCCUUCAGGGAAUCUGUGGAAGUGGGUGUAGACUAACUGCAAUGCAGCACCUCACAUCACUAAUCCAAGUUGGUCAUAGUUUUUUUUCUUUUUAAGUUAAAAACUGUUUGAAAUACUCUAAUUGCUUAGUUUGUAUUGUGACUUAAAGGGAAACAAGUAAAAAUUAACACUAAUGACUAUUAUUUUAUUACAGAUAAUGAUUUGCACACUGUUCCUUUUGUAGCAGUAGUUGUGGCAUUAGCAUUGCAGAAUUAGCCGAUCCUCUGUACAUGUGUAUGUCGCUUAGUUGGGCAUCAUCAUUUUCACUUUCAAAUUUCACUUGACUUCGUACACUUUGCAUUUGUCUGUGAUGGCAUUGUCCAGAGUUAAACCACUUUUUGUGAGCACAGGAUUUUUUUUGGGGGGGGGGGGGUAAUUUAACACAUUUCAAACAGACAUUCACAUUCCUUUUUUUAAAGUCUUGUACCAGAGCUAUAGAAUAAAGCGUUCAUUCAGUUCAGGGACUUUUCAGUAGUUUUCUUGCCUAAAACUAUUUUACUAAAAUGGCUUUAGAGCUUGCCCCAUUGUUUAUCUGGAUGCAUAGUGUAAAUAUCGCAUGGUACAGUAUUUUCCUAGGUAUUUUCACCUAUGUUUGCUUCAAGGUCAGUGUUGAAAUGCUAACUGCUGAAGAGAGAACUGUUAUGUUAAAUGAUCUCUGAGGCAUUGAACUAGAGCAUUCUUGAUAUGAAUUCAUAUGCUGUUCAAGGUAUCAAAUGCAUACAUAAAAAGCUUCUGAGAGCAUAUCCACAGCACUAAUGUUUACACAACCCUUUUCUUCUUGUUAAAAAUAAUUACAGUCUAAUUUGUACGGUAUAAUUUAUGGUUCUAUCUCUCUGUCACUGUGAUAUCUUAAAGGCAGUCUUAGUGUUUUUUGUAAUCUGAUUGGAUAAAUAAACGGACACUUUGCUGUUCAUUUGCUGCUCAGA